UUGGGCCGCUAUGGGAUCAAACUUGUACAAGUCUCGGCCAGGUGUAUAUCAGUGUGGACUCGAAGGUCAUUGCGAUCGCUACUGUGACGCUCGCUGGUGAUGUUCCAGUCCUGCCGUGUGUGCUGCUCAUGAAACUCGAUCAGGAGGUUACACGAUUAAGGUUCAAUAUUUGAAUUUGUUUCGAGUGCGUUUAAGAAACCGUUGUGAGAAUAUGACUUAACGCGACAAGUGUGUAUUAACAUACAACAUGACCAAGCAGUGUUAAGCGAAUCACGAUUGACUCAUGAACCGUUGUAAAAAACUUGUUGAAAGUUUCAAGCGGAAAAUUUAGUGAUAAAUCUGGAAAAAAAUUGUACGAAUUUUCUAAUUUUAAACCAGAGUCAGAUCACUCACAGGCGACGAAAAACAUAACGCCAAAAACUUUUCCCGUUUAACUUAGCACGCCUCAAAGGCUACAAACUUUCUAAAGAUGAAGUCGUGUUCUUCAUCGAGUGAUCCAAAGCUGAUGGACACUCGGGUGCUGAUGCCAGCAGAGUUUUCUCUGGUAGUAUCGCCACGACCCUUGCCCCCCUUGGACAGACUCUUACCCUUAGAGGAUAGCAUCAAAGUUUGUGCCACAAGGACCUUAUCUCCCAACACUCGCUAUCUCCCCUUCAGUGGCACCGUCCGGGCAGAUAACCUUCCCUUGCUGCCAUAUCUCCAGCCCCUCGAUAUACGAGUGAGGUACGGCGGGUACGACGCAGUAGACACAGAGGGCAGACGUACGUGUAACUGGGUACGUUUCCUACGCGUCACUCCCGUCUACACAAAUGACGUUACCAUCGUCGGCAGACGCAUCGGCAGCGAAGUGGUUUUUGACGUCAUCAGAGAAGUUGAAGCAGGGGCUGAACUAUUGGGUUUUUUGUUACCAGAAUGUUGCCCCACUGGAGAAGAAACUAAUCUCUUGUUACCAGCACUGCAGUUGUUAAGGUCAUCCUUGUAUAAACGAACUAUCGACUCAAUCAUGGCUGAGACUCCUUUAGAUUUGUCCAAAGGACUUUUGACGUCUCCAAGCCGCUCCAGAGAGAGGCAAUCCCCAAGCAGAGGUACUCCUUCACCCACUCAUUCCGAUGAGUCGUCUGGAGUUUCCCCAAGUUCCUCCCCAGCUUCUUCACCCGAACACACGCCUCAUUUCCCUCCCUCCCCAACCUCAUUUUUAUCUCGCACACCUUAUUUUUCUCCUCAUCACCCUCGACCUUUAGCGUUUCCUACUCCUUCUCUUCUGAAUCCAGUCGACUUUAGAUUCCCUAACUUCAUGGCCGGGAGAUUCUCAGGCCUCACUCCCCCAGCUUCCCCCAACACCACCGUCACCACCACCGUGAGUUCCAUAAGCCCUUCCAGCAGCAGUGGUGGAAUUGACAGCUCCUCUUCUAGUUCAUCUCUUCCAAUUGCACCUAUCAAGAGGAGGGAGCGAACAAUGCUACCGUGUUCUGAAUGUGGCAAAUCGUUUGACCGACCAUCACUAUUAAAAAGACACAUGCGCACUCACACAGGGGAGAAACCUCAUGUUUGUGACGUGUGUGGCAAAGGGUUCUCUACUAGCAGUUCGUUGAACACUCACAGAAGAAUCCACAGUGGAGAGAAACCACACCAGUGUGGAGUGUGUGGCAAAAGGUUCACCGCUUCAAGCAAUCUCUACUACCAUAAAAUGACUCACGUCAAAGAAAAGCCCCACAAAUGUUCCCUGUGUACCAGAUCUUUCCCUACACCCGGGGACCUCAGAUCACACAUGUUUGUUCACAACGGGCAGUGGCCUCACAAAUGUGGCGUUUGUGGCAAAGGAUUCAGCAAGCUCACCAACCUCAGGAACCAUACAAUCCUACACUCCUCCAAAGCGAGGGUGCCUUCGCCCCCUAUCUCACCCAUGCCCAUUGCCCUUUAGCUCAACCUACAGUCGCUAUUGUUAUUAGUUUGUCUCAUAGGAGUUAUUUCUGUAAUAUUGCAAUCACUAUCUCACCUUUUUUGAUUGUUCGCCUGUAAACCCACAGUAUAAUUUCUGCACGAAGCACAACUUAUUUUUGCAGUCAUUUUUGUCGUGGCGCUGUGGUCAAAAUUUUCAUUGAAUUUUUUCAUGGCAACUGAAAUCUUAUCAUUAAAUGAUUUAUGAAAUUUGGUCGUCUUGUCGUAUGCAGUAUGGGUUCGUCUUGUCGUAUGAAGUAUGGGUUCGGUUCGUCUUGUUGUAUGAAGUAUGCUUUUGGCUUGUCGUAUAUGAAGUAUAGGUUCGUCAUGUCAUGUGAACAUGGGUUCGUCUUGUCGUAAGAACAUUGGUUCAUCAGGUCGUAUUAGGUAUGUGUUCGUCUUGUCUUAUGAAAUAUGGGUUCAUCUUGUCGUAUGAAGUAUGGGUUUGUCUUGUCGUAUAUGAGCUACUGUCGGUAGCGCUGUCGUGUAGCGGCCGAGAGCACGCAGCUCUUGCUUCAUUAACAUUCCGACGGCUUCACAUGAUGUCCGCGCGGAGACACAAAUUCUCUCGGUACAGCGACGAGCAAAACUUCCUACACCAACUGUAGAUUUCUGUUCGUAAAAUAUUUGCUAAAUGGGCGAAUGAAAUUGUCAAAUCCACUGAGAAAGACUAUUUUCUAAUUAACCAUGAAAUGGUCAAUUCUUAACAAUCUAUGAUAUAUUUUAUUUAGAUUUUCAUGAUCAAUCAGGUUAGCUAUUCUGUCUGGCAUUCGAUGGGUACCGAAGAAAAUUUGUCUUUAUCAUUUUCGGUUCAAGUAAAAGAUUUCUCGAAAUUCCUUCAUCAGAAUUAAAGUCACUUUUUCCUCUGGGGUUAUUACAGAAUUUUAUAUUUAAAAUAUUCCUAAGAUUUCCGUCGAAUCCAGUUUUCAAUUUCAUUUUACGUUUCUGAACUACCGCUCAAUUCUAUGCUGAACAUCGCAAGUGAAACAGACGCAAAACUAAAAAGGGAGAAAGUGAUUGCACGUCACCCACACAUCUGCUGAAAUUAACAGUGAUAAUUGUAAAUUUCAACUUAGAGAGAGAAAUUGUUACGCUUUAUUCACUUGAACAGGUUAAAAAUUUCUGUUUUUUGGAUUCAUCACUAGUUUAAUUGAUUCAACAUUUAUAGCUGUGUUAUUUUGGACCUUUAAAUGCUGUUUUAUGCGACAAAGUGGAGGCACUUUUAUAUUUAAAAAUAAUAAAAGUGAUAUCAGUUCUCUUGUAUCUGUGGCCGCGUUGGCUACUCUUGCUGUCAGCGCUUAAAAAAUUAUCGGUAUUUUGCCGGUAUGCAACUGUUGGUCUAUCAUCUCGCUAUAUAUCAUCUAUUUAUAUUUAUAUUAUCUGACUAUAUAUUAGCUAUCAUCAGACUCUUAUGAAUUCCCGAGGUGUCGGUCGUAUUAGCACAUAAAUUAUGAUUUUUAUGCAAAGAAAAUAUGCAUUGAAUGAUAACGGCUCAUUACAAAUAUUGCUUAAUUGAUAUUCAUGAUCACCGGAAGCAAUGUGAAGAAAUCUUAAUAAGUUGUACUUGGUUGAGAAUGAAAACCUGGUGCAGAAGUUUAUGUGGGGACAAAAGAUAACGUGGGUACAACAGAUAACAUGGGAACAUAAGUUAACAUGGGUACAAAAUUUCACGAGGGUCUUUAGGGGAUUAGAGGAAUAAACUGUUGAUUUCUCGUAAGUUUUAGGUCCUUCGAAUGUAAUCUAAAAUAAUCGAAGCAACUAGAAGCUUGCGAAUUGUUGGACGCAUUUCGCUAAUGACAGAUAAAAUGUUAAUUGACAGAUCUAUUAAAUUAUUCUCGAACAUGUGCUACCAAGCAUCCUGCAGAGGUUUAAAGUAUACGUUGUGCAUCAAAAUUUCGGAUUUCAGAUCUCCAUUUGGCAAAUGUAGUUUGUUGGAAUCAGUCUAUUUUGUACGUUUUAAAUGUUCCUGUACGGAAAUGUUCUAAUGUUGUAGUCUCUCAGGGAGCUGACCUGUUGUGAAGAGCUUUAACUUUCAUUAAUGUAAGGUUUCGUGUAAAAUGAAGGUAAAACUUUGUAAUAUAUAUAGUAUUGUACAUCUCAAGUUGUAUGACAAAUUCAACGCUGCUGAAACAACCAAACAUGUUUUGUAGAGGCUAUAGCGCAGAGCGUUCGUUCUGUAAUUUUCCUUCCUAGAAAGUAAAUAAUAAAUACUUCAUGUCUGUAUAUAUUGUUAAUGAGAAUCUUAGAAGCGAAGUAACAUUUGUGUAAAAUUUCACAUAAAAAUGAAAAGGUUCCGGAAAACAUAAAAUGUUUCUGCAUGUUUAAAAAUCAAAAACAUCUCUGUUUCCGUUUUAGGUUCUUAUGUUUAAUGACUCAUACUAAAAUAUAUGAAUGUAAUCUAUGAUUGAUAUUUUUCAUGUUUUAUUUCGUGAUUGGGAUUGAUUUAAAGCAAAUUUUCUACUCCUGAACAAUUUUUACUCUAAAAUACUUUCAAGCGAGUUCAACCGCUGAUUUUUCAGUCUUUCCCAUGAAACUAAGAAGCGAUUACGAUGUUCAUAAUUCAAUAUAAACUCAUUAUUUUAAUGUAAAAGAAACUAUUUAGAUAAUUAUGUGACUUAGUAAAAAAAUUGUGUAUAAGUAAUCAACACCGAAAGUCGCGACAAAGAAGGAAAUUUAACCUCAAUUUUAGCUAGUCCUCCGAAUUGAUUUCACUGAAAGUGUAACGGUAUGAAUGUGUUAUUAAAAUAUUAUUAUUUAAAAAAAUUGAAUUAAAUACAAAUACUCGAAUUCUAUGAGUACUUUCCUAAGCUCUCAGAUCUCUUUACUAAACUCUAACUUAUUAUUCAACGUGUACAGACUAAGCUUUAUACAUUUUGUAUAAUAUAUGCACAUUUGUGUAUGUUUUCUGCAUAUAGUGUCCUGUGAGUAAUAGGGUUUUCAAAUAAAGAUAUGAAGUCAUCAUU